ACGUCAGAUACCGGGGUAAAAGCUUGCGGUAGGAACACGCGGGGUCGCACUGUUCCAGGGGCAUCGCGGUGAUCUUCUAAAGCACAAACCGUUUCCACAGCGAGAAACGUUGGAUUCCAGAACAUGAACGGGGAAAUAAACGGUUUUUACAACGGCUUUAUCGAUGAAGACUGCUUCUUAUUCACCUCUGAGUCGGUGGGAGAGGGCCAUCCGGAUAAGAUCUGUGACCAGAUCAGUGAUGCUGUUCUUGAUGCCCAUCUCAAGCAGGACCCAGAUGCCAAAGUAGCUUGUGAAACUGUAGCCAAGACUGGAAUGAUCCUGCUUGCAGGAGAAGUGACAUCCCGUGCCACCGUGGAUUACCAGAAGAUUGUUAGGGACACCGUCAGACACAUCGGCUAUGACGACUCCUCAAAAGGUUUUGAUUAUAAGACCUGCAAUGUGCUAGUGGCUUUGGAGCAGCAGUCGCCAGACAUUGCCCAGGGAGUACACUUGGACCGUAAUGAAGAGGACAUUGGCGCAGGGGACCAGGGUCUGAUGUUUGGCUAUGCCACAGAUGAAACAGAAGAGUGCAUGCCUCUUACCAUCAUGCUGGCCCAUAAGCUUAAUGCCAAAAUGGCUGAACUGCGUCGCAAUGGUGUUCUAUCCUGGCUUCGACCGGAUUCCAAAACCCAGGUGACAGUGCAGUAUAGACAGGACCAUGGUGCCAUGCUGCCGGUGCGUGUGCACACUAUAGUGAUCUCAGUACAGCAUGAUGAGGACGUUUGCCUGGACGAAAUGCGUGAUGCAUUGAAAGAAAAGGUGGUUAAAGCGGUGGUGCCGUGUGUUUAUCUGGAUGAUGACACCAUUUACCACCUACAGCCGAGUGGUCGUUUUGUCAUCGGGGGCCCUCAGGGUGAUGCAGGAUUAACAGGUCGUAAAAUUAUUGUCGACACUUACGGAGGCUGGGGUGCCCACGGUGGAGGUGCCUUUUCGGGAAAAGAUUACACUAAAGUCGACCGUUCUGCUGCCUACGCUGCCCGAUGGGUAGCCAAGUCUCUGGUUAAAGCUGAAUUAUGCAGACGUGUACUUGUACAGGUGUCGUACGCAAUUGGAGUGGCUCAUCCACUGUCCAUCUCUAUUUUCCACUAUGGCACUUCAAAGAAGAGUGAGAGGGAACUGCUGGAGAUUGUAAAGAAGAACUUUGACCUUCGUCCAGGAGUCAUUGUUAGGGACCUGCAGCUAAAGAAGCCCAUUUACCAGAGGACAGCUGCAUACGGCCACUUUGGUCGUGACUCAUUCCCAUGGGAAAUUCCAAAAAAAUUGCAGUACUAAUUGCUGUCAUUCCCCUCGAUGCCUGCUGACGUAAACUACAGAGAAGUUUGCAUGGCUCGGGAGAAUGCAGAUAUAUUCUUACAUCUGUUUAAAUUGUAAUUAAUAACCAAUGAUUAUUUAAGCAAAGUCAUAAGGCAUCUUAAAAAGGA